AUGACAGAUGAGAUUGUUAGAUUAUAAACUAUUGAAUUCAAAUAAGAAAUUGAGAAAAGAUUUUCUAAAAGUCGUUAAAAUCACUUUUAUGUAUUUGAAAGAGAAGGUUUUGAUGCAUCUGAUGAUGAUUCACUUGAUUCUCUCAAAAAUAUUGAAGUCUAUAAUUUAUGUUAACCAAUUCGAAAAAAAUCAAUUGAAACUGAAAGAACAAUCCCUAAAUCAAGCAAAAAUUUACUUAUACAACUAUUAAAGCCAAAAAAAUAACCAUCAUUUAAUGAAAAUAAGUCCAACAAUACAUCCCUAUACAAAUCAAGAUCAUAAAGCAAGAAUGCAAAUACAAGACUUCGCACUGAGUAUUAUGUUUAUACUGAAUCAGAGGUUCUGUCUUGAAAGAAUCCAAAAAUGUCAUCCUCAUCUCUCCAAAAUUACCUAAGAGUCCCAAUUACAUUCAAAUAGACAACCUCAUUAAAUCUACUAAGAAUCAAAAUGUUUAUAAAAUUAACAACUAUUCCUUUGUUAUAUGAUCUAUAUUAAUUAUUAAUUAAAAAUGUCUCAAAAAUUUAAGUCCCCAUCUAUUAUAUCCAAAGUCCAUCCUAAAGUGCUCUACAACACUCAAGAGUAUUUACCAACACAUAUCUUAGACUAAAUGCUAAAGUAAUUAAAGUGUUUAGUCCUUUUGAAUAUAUGCAUUAUAUUAAAAGAAGACAAGAUUACUUAAAUAAGCAAUAAGAGCUCAUAUCCAAUCUUUAAUUAAGCAAAGAGAAUUAUGAAAAAUUGACAUUCUCUGUAAAAUAGAUAGGAGUAACUGAUGAUGAAGGUAGAGUUGGUGCACUUAGUUAAAGAAAAUACCUAUUAAAAUCUAUGGAAUCAACUAGACUCUAAAAAUCAGAAUCUAUUUAGCAUUCAUAAACUGAUAGAAUUUAAUAUUAAUUUAGAGCAAAAGCAUUACAAAGUAGUCGAAGGGAAAAAACAAGUAUAUCCUAAUAAAAAUCUAAACUUAACUUUUUAACUAUUCCAGAAAAAUCAGAAACUCAACUUGAAUUUAAGACAAGCAAUAUUGAUAAAAUUAUUAAGAGAUCGAGAUAGAAAAAGAGAUUUCUAUAAAGUCAACCCUAACCACCAGAAGUUGCAUUUGCUAAAUAAUACCAAAACUAAAAAUAUUUGUCAUAUAGUCGAUAAUUAUAAGAACUAUAAGGAACGUUGGAUUUCAUUAAAUUGUUAUGA